GUUGCGAGAUGAAGUUCGGGAAGAGGCUCAAGAAGCAGGUGGAGGAUAGCCUCCCGGGGUGGAGGGACAAGUUCCUGUCGUACAAGCGCCUCAAGGUGCUCGUCCGACUCGUCUCCGGCUCCUCGCCGCACCGUGCCGCUGCAGAGGCCGCCUUCGUGCGGCUCCUCAACGACGAGGUCGACAGGUUCAACGCCUUCUUUCUGGAGCAGGAGGAAGAGUUCGUCAUCCGCCACAGGGAAGUAAGGGAGACGGUGAAGGCAGUGGCCGGCGAGGAGCCGUCGGAGGCGGAGCGUGUGGUGGAGACGAGGAAGGUGAGGAGAGAGAUCGUGGAUUUGCACGGUGAAAUGGUGCUGCUCCUCAACUACAGCGCCGUCAACUACACAGGGCUGGCCAAGAUACUGAAGAAGUACGACAAGCGUACGGGACGGCUGCUCCGGCUGCCCUUCAUCGAGGAGGUGCUCAAGCAGCCCUUCUACACGACGGAGCUCAUGUCGAGGCUCGUCCGCGAGUGCGAGGAGACCAUGGAGGUCGUGUUCGCCGCCGACAACAGUGGUGAACUGUGCACGAGAAAGCGCUGCACCGACACUAAGAUGACUCCCAUGGCAACGGAGCAGGGCAUUUUAAGGAACACCGUCGCGGCGCUGGUGGCCAUGAGGGAGCUCCGCAGUGGGAGCUCGACAUACGGACACUUCUCGCUGCCACCAUUGGAAACGGAGACCACCUUGACGGAGCAUGUGUCCAUCCAGGUUGCCGAUCUCGUUCAAUCUCAGGCACGUGGUGUUGUUCCGGUGGUUUGACAGUACGUAACAUUAAUUGUAGCUAUACAUAUGUUUCUAUGGCUGCUUACCGGCGUCAGAUUAUAUGA